AGUUUGGGAGUGUCCUAAGUCUCCUAAAAACCUGUUUCAGGAACGAAAGUGUUAUCAAACCUAAUCUAAUCUACCAGAUUCAAAUCCCACUACAGAUAUGUCAGCCUGGUUGUGCAAACUGGAUUGUGUUAAUCCAUGUGGAUUCAGAAAUCCCCACAGUGUAUGAUCCAUUACAAAAGCCAAAGAGAUGUUCAGUAUCCUGUAUAUCUGUAACCUGAUUCAGCUCUGGUAUUUUCUGAUUUAAGCUUCAGGUUUUUACUUGAAUGCAUGGUAAAUGAAAUCCUCAACUGUAUGUGUCCCUGUAAUACAGACAGGCUGAUUCACUUUAAUUGUAGUGAAGUUGGGAACAUGGCGUCUGCCUCCAUGACCUCAGCAAAACUCUGAACAGCAAAUGUCAGUGUGUCUGUUAAGAGGACAGAGUGAGAGGUGGUAAAUAUUGCAGUACAGAUGGUCUUUCUAAAUGUCUACUUGGGUUAAGAGUUGUGGUGAUCCCUGUUGUGAGCGUCACAACAGAAGGCCAGUCUGUUUUGCAUGUUAUUUGCUUUUUUUAAAAUAAAACGGACAAUGCAAAUCUCAUUUCUGUUGACGCCUGCGAGCCAGGAACAUGAAUCCAGUUGUGUUGUGCAGUGUUUCUCAUAGAGACUUAGACCAGCAUCCAGUUUUUACCUACACUAACACAAACAGAACCAAGAGCAAUGUGUUUGUAACGACUGCAGUUCUCAGUAACUGGAGUCUGGUCUUUCCACCAGAUUUGGAACCUGGCUGCAGGGAUUUGCUCCCACUCUGACGUUGGGUGAUGAGGUCCGACUCAGUCCAGUUCCAAAGGCAUUGGAUGGUGUUGAGGUCAGGGCUCUGUGCAGGCCAGUCAAAUUCUUCCACCUAAAAAAAUCUGAGUUUUGAGGCUGUAUAAAGAGUGUCAUCAGUUCUUCAUGAUCCCUCCAUACUCCGUGUGUCUGAUGCCUCCUGUCCCUGCUGACUAUUGAAGGCUCAACAACCUCCAUCUGUUCAUCUCCUCGGAGCUUCACUCUCCCUUUCUUUCACAACACCACCCCUCCAUCCGUCUGUCCGGCAGUCAUGAAUCCCUACGCAGACACACACUUUAAGUCUCUUCCACAUGAGGAUGUCAAUGCUCCUGGCUCUUUACCGCCUCCAUAUUUACCUCCUGACCCUCAUGAUAAUUCCCAUAAUCCAUCUCUGUCAGCCACCGUACUGGCUCCUCCAGUCAUUCAGACACGACAUAGCUACCUGACAGUUUUGAACCACAACUCCCCUUCCCAUCAGGCCUCAUCAGGCCAAGAUGGAGGUCAGCACUUGGUCCCAUCUCCAGACCACUCUGCCUCUCCACUCCCAGCGUCAGAUCCAGCCUUCAGCCUGAGAUCGAGCCCAACUCCAGCGUCGUCUCCAGCUCAAUCUCCUGGACUGAACCCUUACCCUGCCCCCGCAACACCGCCCUCCUGCCAGGUGUCCAUCAUCAUCCCGUCUCCAGACCUCCGCCCGUCUCCUCUCCAGUCUCAGUGCUCUGAGGAGACAUGCCCGGACCUGGAGUGCUCCAUCUGCUUCAGCCAGUUCAACAACAUCUUCCGCUGUCCCAAGAUGCUUCAGUGCAAGCACACGUUCUGCCUGGAGUGCCUGGCACGCAUCAACGUCAAGUCAGCUCAGCCCAACGCUAUCCAGUGCCCGCUGUGCCGCAGUUUCACGCCACUGCCCAACCUCGGGCUACCCAGACUUGCCACAGACUCAGACGUGCUGUCUUACCUGCCGGCCGCCAUGCAGAGAGUCUACAGCAUCCGCUUCAUCCGCAACAAAGGGAAGCUGCAGGUUAAAAGGCCAGCUGAAGGUCGUCAGCGGUGGGGUCAGAGGUCGCUGACGUCUCUGAGAUCAGUGAACCGCUCUCUGGACGUGGGGCUUCCCAGCCCUCCUACUGGGGGUCCAAGCGAGGCGGGCGGCAUGGGAGGAGCUCUGUUCAGACUGACAGGGCGGCCGGCGUGUCGAGCCUUCCUCCUUACGUCAGUGGUGAUGAUGAUGGUGCUGCUGACGGGCAUCAUCAUCUUCCUCCUCACCUACAAACACUGAGUGACAUCACGUACGUCUUCCUUCUGCUUUCAUUUCUGUGAUGUAAAAACACGAAACCAAUCGAACAGUAAAAUUCCCCCAUCUCGAGGGAAUUUAACGUCUGAAUGUAGGUAAUGAGCAACAUCUGUUUCACUGCUGUGGUGGGGUGGGGGGACAAAAAACUGAUCCAGAUGUGCAAUGAAACCCAUCUUUCCUGGCUGUUGUGCAACAAGCAGCUUUUAACUUGCUGAUGACAUCCAAAGCCAAGACACAGAGAGGAGGGGUUGUUUUUAAAUCAACACUCUGGGACUCAGAGGUCAUGGAAAGUCACACCUGAGCUGAGAGAGUGGCUCAGAAACUGAGAAGCAGUGGACUUUAAUCUGCUUCAAAACAUUCAACUGUCUGAAAAUACAGACUUCGCACUCAUUUAAAAAAAAAAAGUACAUUCCUCAAAAUUAAGUUACAAAAUGACAAUUGUGUACCAGCCGCAGUAGUUGGCAGCAGUCUCUAGAAAAUUGAGAAUCAGUGGAGCUUCACUGCAUUGAACCUGCGCCAAAAUUUUUAAAUGAUACACUAGCUGUUAAAAAUACAUCAGAACCUCCUGCUCAGUUUUAUUGGUUCAAGUCACAAAAUGGUGGCCAGGUAACAGCAGAGGUGGGAAAGCACUGGAAAAUAAGCAGCAGAGCAUUUAAUCGGCCUCACUUCGACAAUUCAGUUAUUGCUUGGGAAAAACACGUCGUAAAUUUCAGGUUACAAAAUGGCAGUCAGGGAAUACAAGAUGACUGAUCUGAAGGUCUUUUGACAGCAGUAAAGAUAAGAAAAUUAUGCUUUGUAAGAGAUGAUAUAAAAUGAACAACAUAAAGCUAUAAAACAAUAGACAAGACAGCAGGUUUAUUAACAGGGUGUUUCUGGCUUCUGGCGUCUGCAGAUCAAAGUCCAAAUUUUAACAUUGAACAUGAUUCCAGAGACAAACAUUCAUCUUUCACUUUAUCACUUUUAGGCCUUCAUUAAAACAUGUUACUGAAAUGAGGCUUGUAGUUUUGGUCUCCUCACCUCACUUUAAACUUGAGAUUAUAAACUAUUCACCAGGUGGCGUCAACUUCUUCACAUUCUCCUGUUUCAACUGCCAGCUUUCAGCACUUUAAACCACCGACUGUUACAUGUUUCUGUGUGGAUUUCUUUCCUGCCUUUUUUAAAACUGCCUGUUUACAUUAUAGUCUGUUUCCUCUUGUUGGAGCCGCAGUUCUGUUUCCAGCCUUAACCAAAUGCUGUAAACAGAAGGCAUGCAAAUGACCUGAGACCACAGUUACAGAAAGACGCAGUGAGCUCAGAGAGCAAAGGUCAGUGGAUUGUGGGAGAUACCGACAGUGGCUUUGUUACCGAGACAGCAUAACAACAAAUGUAUUACAGCUGCAGAUUAGUUGGCCCAAAUGAUAAAUAUAUAUAUAUUAUAUAUAUAUAUUUUUCUACUUAACCUCUAGAGGUUCCUCUCCAUGCACAUAGCUUUGGUUUUGUUUUCAUGCAUGUCUCUGAACGUUCCACCUCCACCCCAAUACAAUGGAAGUGAAUGGAAUUUCAUUUGAGCCGUUUAGAGCAUCAAAAUGUCUGACCAGAUAUGGCGCCCCAUUACUCCAGAUAAUUUUAGGGACUAUUUAUUCAAUAGAAAAUCCUUUAUGAACACGCUCACAUUAUCCUCCAUUGUGGUGAUGUGGAGUCAGAAAUCUCUGAGACAAUUCUUUUGUAGUUCUGGUGAAGUGGCCCUUUAUUCUGAAAGAAGCAAAAACGUGUCUGUGGUUGAACAGUCAAGUUUCUGUAAUAAACUCGGGCUCAGUAUGUGGUUUAAACAGCAUUCAGCCUACCAGCUUGUCUGUUACACACCGCAGCAGGCUGUGAGUUGUGGGACAGUCCCUGAGUGCUGCACUGGAAUUGGCUACAGAGAGACUGUGUUUAAUCCCGCUGAAUCCUGUUCAGUUAGAAACUUAAUCAUGUUGUAACUGACCAGUCAAAAGAUCAGUGACACUUUUUAGCUUUAAAAACAAUCAUGAAUGUUUUCUUGUGCUCAGAUGGAAAAGCGAGAACUGCACACAAGCAAUUUAUUUUCCGAAAAUACUUUGACUUGCAAAUCAAACUGAAAGAAGCCAUCCAUUCAAAUAUAUACAGUGUAUUUUAAAGGAUUAUUUUUCUCAAGUUACAAAUGUGAUGGUUCAAAUCUGCAACUUAAAGGGAAAAGUACAUUUUAAUCUGAUGUUUGUCUUCCUGUUUUUGAAUCUGUGUACUGUGUUUUAAGGCUCUGACCUGUUUUACUGUGCAAUGUAAAAUAAAUAAUUUUAUAUAUUUAUAGAACUGUUUUAGCAAAGCUUGCACUACCACCAUGUUUGCCUCAUGUUAAACUUGAAUAAAUUUCUUUAUGAAUUA